CAAUAUUGAUCUCUAAUGACUGAAAUAUUUACAGGUUAUGGAAACAUCAUGCGUGUUGAAACUUCUGGAGCUUCAUGGGCAACAGCUCAGCAGGACGGGCCAAGCGAGUCAGGUGUGAGAGCAUCACACAAGAUGGCACAGACCGAUUCUGACAGAAUGGAGAAAUACAGAUCAAAAAUCAAUGCAGUGGGAAGAAAGAAAGGUGUUGACCCAGCUCUCAUUGCUGCCAUCAUCUCCAGAGAGUCCAGGGCUGGAAAUGCGCUUCACAACGGCUGGGGAGAUCAUGGCAACGCCUGGGGACUGAUGCAGGUUGACGUCAAUCCAAAUGGAGGUGGACACACCGCUCGAGGUGCCUGGGACAGUGAGGAACAUCUCUCCCAAGCCACCGGCAUCCUGACUGAUUUUAUUGGUCUGAUCCAAAAAAAGUUUCCCAGCUGGACCAGUGAGCAGCAGCUGAAAGGGGGGAUAGCAGCCUACAACAUGGGGGAUAGAAACGUCCACUCCUAUGAGAACGUGGAUGGGGCCACAACAGGAGGAGACUACUCCAAUGAUGUUGUUGCCAGAGCUCAGUGGUACAAAACUUAUGGUGGCUUUUAACAGCUGAAACUGCCAGACAUGUCUGAGAAGUCAUGAAAGAAAUGUCUAUAUAAUGUGUCGACCUGAAUAAACAUAAUGCAACUCAAA